UUGAGAUACGUUGCUUUUCACUGCAAUUUUUCAACCAAUUAAAAAUUUUUUAAAAAAAAUUCAAUUUUAUUGUUUAAAUUGUCACCAUGGUGCAGAUUCUGGUUCUUUUGUUCUUGCAGUCAACGUUAUUUUCUUCUGCUAUUACUUUUCAUUGCUUGAAACAUCAUCGAAAUAUUGACCGCUUCCAUUUAUUAAGAAAAUGCCAACGUUCACUACAAUCCAUUGUUGGCUUGAAUAACACCGAUAGUGCCAGAGAUUGUGGUCAAUUUACAAAGUCAGUUAAAGGAUUAGCUUUUAAUUAUAGGCCGAGUUUUCAGCGGUUUAAUUGCUUUGACACCAAACUUAGGUCAGAUUACACAGAGUGCAAAAUACUUCAUUCUUCAAAGAUUUGUCUACAAGAAAACAAAACUUCAUUUCCACGAAAACAAUCUCAUCGACACAUCUUAGACCAACCUGAACAGUAUUACAACUGCCUAGCACUAUCCUGCCCAGAAAUCGGCAAUCUGACAACUUUGGUGGGGGACAGUCACUUCAAUUACUACACAUUGUAUGCAAACCCUAUCCCAUCUCGAAAUAUAACUUGUAUACCAGAACUUGGACUUUUCGAAGUUCAUGACUCAUUAAGAAACUUUAGUGCAGCACUAACAGCCUGCAGUAAUGGAUCAGGAACCUCACUCGCUCAUGUAAUUUCUGAAGAUAGAACUAAUGGUUUCGCGGAUCUUAUGAGGGCGAAAUUCUCAAAUAAAAAGUUGAAGGUGCGCGCGGCAUAUGUGGGGCUAAAUUACUCAACACCAUCAAAGGAAUUCCAAACUACUAAAACGAAAGAAAACUUAUUGUGUUAUACCUACCGAGCUUGGGCGCCAGGAUAUCCAAGAAAUCAUGGACAUGACGGAUGUGUGGCUGUUACAACAAACAAUUCUUGGGUGACGACAGACUGCACCAAGCCGCUACCAUUUAUUUGUGAAAUUCAUCCCUCCGCACCGAUCAAUGAAGAACUAAAUUUUUUUCUUUAAAUCAAAAUCCAUAUAUUUUUAAGGUUUCUUGUUUGUCAAAUGAAAUUUUUUUUCAAUACUUAAGAUAGUUUAU